AAGUGUACGAUCGUGUAAUGCCUUCCAGAAAGGCAGCCUCCGAGACGGAGCCAGUGUGCGACGGUGUACCGACACACGGCUCUUUGCUGCCAAUUCCUCUUAUACCAUCCUACUGACGUUACACGAAGACUAGAUCGUGUCUGUACGUACACGGUACCAACAUGCCUGGCUGCCAGCGAUGAGCCACGCUCGAUGUACACGAGAGGAGGCCGGGCAACGUGCAAAGGUCUUAAGUAAGUCAACCGAGAGGAAAAUGUCACAGUGCGGCCCUCGACUUUCAUCGUGACUUUCGAGUGUCACGUGAAAACUCAGCUGCACGUUUACCCGUGUGCAAGGGUACACCUACCAGCACAAUCAUUCCAAUUCCCCUCGUGCAAUCGUAGUGACAUUACGCGAAGCCAGGAGGAGUAGGAUGGUGUACCUACGUACACGAUACCAAGACGUUCAUCCGCGGGCAAAGAGGCGCUCUGGACGUACAGAAGUGGAGGGCAAGCAACGUGUAUGAAGAGGCAACGAUGCGAGAGAGGAGCGAGAGGAGCGAUGUGCUCGGGGUGAAGAGCGGACCCUAUGAUAUGGUGGGAGUCGUCGAUGCUGCCGCUGGAGGGUGGGGAAGGUGACGGGAAGGGGAUGGUAUCGGGUGAAAGAGAAAGAGAGAGAAGGGAUACAGGUGGCUUGGAAAGCAAGGAAGAGACGGAAGGUAGGGAUAGAGAACGAACGAGAGUAUGGUCGGCGGGGGGGAGGCCCGCAGGCCGGCCUGCGGCUCCGACUCAGUAUCCCCGGAGCGACCGACUCGUGUACCCCGCGGAGGUGCUGCGUUUCCGUGCUCCAGCGUGCACGACACCACAACCACACACACCAAACCAGCUACCACACCGAUUCGUUUUACGUGGACGUGCACGCACGCGUAGUCACACAUACACACACACAGACACAAACGGCGAAUAGAAAGGUGGACGUCCGUACACGAGGCACGCGCGCGUGUGCCUCGAUCCACACACCUGUUCCCUGAGGAGACACGCCGAUAUCUCUGCUUCAGUCCAGACACCGCGACAGUUCGACGACGCGCGUGUUUAUCGGCCGCGACUCCUCUUUCUAUCGCGUGUGCGUAAAGGGGUUGCGCGGAUUCUCAGUCACCCCUUUAGGGAGGAUUUCAAUCGUAUCGGAGUGAAAGGUCGAUUCGUAGGAGCAACGCGUUUGAUGGAUUACCUGUGGAGGAUCUACGGUGGAUAGAGCAUAACGACUCAAAGAUUCGCGCCAUUUCAAGGCGGUUCGAUUCGAGAUCGUUCCUCGUCAUUUUUUUCAUAUUUCGAACAGUGAGGUGAAUAGUGCUUCUUCGAGGUAUAGUGCUGGAGAGAUCGAUUAAACACGUGCUCCGCGAAGGAACUGUUCGAAGAGGCAACGGAACAGGUGGAAACAGGUGAAUUCGUGCUGCUGCGGUUUCAGGAUCGACUCCAGACUCGUCAAAGUGGGUCGCUUAAGCUUCGCGUAGGGUCGUGGUAACAUCGACAUGGUGUCAAGGAGCGGGCAUCGCGUAAACAACGACGCAAGUCCGCUCGAUUAAUUACCCUCGAUCAAAGUGAAACGAGCGAACAAGGUAAUCGAAGAGAAAGGGGGAGAAAAACCGAAGAGGAUCGUAACGACCUAUCGAUAUCGCACGAUCAAAGGCAAUCGUACGAGGGAAAGGUGUACCUGUCGCGUCGCGAUAGUGUGCGUAAACAUCAUCGAGGUCCGUACCGCAUCCUCGAAUACACGUCCUCGUUCGAAAGCGAGCCGAUCUCUCACGGUUCGACGAUUCGUCCCGAGACUACGAUCGAACUCUAUACAUUACGCUGAAUAGUGAUCAAUAAAACAGUGUUAAACAGUGUCUUAAACAGUGCCUUUAUAGAUGCAACAGUGACCUAGUAAUUCGGUGUGUGCGCGGACCGGAAGUAGCAAGUGAAGUGUACCGAUCGACAAGAAGGAUUUCAACCGUCGAUCGUUGUGAAGAGUGUUUUCCAUCGAUCCGAGGAAUAAUCAAGAAGAGGAAUUCUGGAAGAUCAACGUUAGAUAGAUAGAUAGAUACCUUACGUUAUAGAUAGAUCUCGUUAAGAGUGGCUGAGGAAGGACGCAGGUGACCCACGGGGAAUGGUGAUGCGGUAGUCGAGGGAUUCCUCGAGGAAAGACAUGAGGGCGGCCGCCGCCUACGUCCUGUUCCUUGCCCACCUCAUACAGACGACAAACGCGAGCGGAUUCUUCGAGGUGCAGAUCCUCUCGCUGACGAACAACAGGGGCACCCUGGUGGACGGUAGGUGUUGCGGCGGAGGAGGAGAUGGCGGUGGAAAGGGUGGAUUACCACCGUGUACGAACCCCUGCUCGACGGCCUUCUGGCUUUGCUUGAAGGAAUAUCAAUCGAACGUCACUGCCAUCGGCUCCUGUAGCUUCGGCAACGUAUCUAGUCACGCCCUUGGCCAGAACACUUUCACCCUCAGCGAACCUGUCACCCUGCAACUGCAUUUCACCUUUCGAUGGACGAGACAAUUCACGCUGAUCCUGCAAGCGAGAGACGAGGCGAGCGCAGGCGUGAUCGAGGAAGCGAGUUACAGCGGCAUUGUCCUGCCAGGACCCACCUGGCACACUCUCAAUCAUCAAGGAAGAAACGCUCAUCUAGCUUAUCGUGUUCGGGUCCAGUGCGCGGACCAUUAUUACAACGCGACCUGCACGAAGUUCUGCAGGCCGAGGAACGACAUAUUCGGCCAUUACACCUGCGACGAGAACGGGGACAAGGUGUGCAUACAGGGAUGGAAGGGUUCCGAUUGCGAAAUUGCGGUAUGCAAGGAGGGCUGCCACCCCGUCCACGGCCACUGCAACGUCAGCGGGGAGUGCAAGUGUCGUCACGGUUGGCGUGGUGAACUCUGCGAUCAAUGCACCCCUUACCCUGGUUGCAAGCACGGCUACUGCAACGGUUCCAGCUGGCAGUGCAUCUGCGACACGAACUGGGGCGGUAUCCUCUGCGACCAGGAUCUAAAUUAUUGCGGCACCCACGAGCCCUGCCAGAACGGUGGUACAUGCGAGAACACAGCCCCGGAUCAGUACAAGUGUACCUGUCCCGAGGGAUUCUCGGGACCGACCUGCGAGAAGGUCGACAAUCCAUGCGCCUCCAACCCCUGCGCAAAUGGAGCGACCUGCAAGGAACUCGGCGAGAGCGCGCAAUGCGAGUGCGCCGCCGGUUUCACCGGUCUUUAUUGCGCGACGGACAUCGACGAGUGCGCCUCGCAACCCUGUCAAAAUGGUGGCACCUGUGUCGACGGAAAAAACGAAUUCAUAUGCAACUGUCCACCUGCCUGGCAGGGUGUCCUCUGCCAAUUCGACGUGGAUGAGUGCGCGCUAAAGGAGUCUCCCUGCAAGAACUCGGCGACCUGCGUGAAUCUGGCCGGGGAUUACAAGUGCCGUUGCAGAAAAGGCUUCACGGGUAAGAAUUGCACGAAGAACAUCAACGACUGCGUCGGUCAAUGCCAGCACGGUGCAUUGUGCAUCGACCUGGUCGAUGAUUAUCACUGCAGCUGCACCGCGGGCUACUCGGGCAAAGAUUGCGACGUGGACAUCGACGAGUGCGACUCGAAGCCUUGUCAGAACGGCGGCGAGUGCAGGGACCUGGUGAACGCUUACGAGUGCGUCUGCCCCGUCGGUUUCACCGGUUAUCAGUGCGAGAUCGACAGGGAUCACUGCAGCCCGAACCCCUGCAGAAACUCCGCGCCCUGCUUCAACACGCAGACCGACUACUAUUGUCACUGUCCCGAACAAUGGCAGGGGAAGAAUUGUUCGGAACCCGCCUCUCAGAAUCCACAGUUCGGCGUCAUGGACGAGGAAGCUGGAUGUGGAAGCGAGGGUACACCGUGCGCGGGUAGAGGGAAAUGUAGCGGAGGGAGAUGCAUCUGUGAUCCUGGCUACACGGGGAUGCACUGUCACGAGAACAUCAACGACUGUAGGGGAAAUCCUUGCUUGAACGGAGGGACGUGUGUCGAUUUAGUGAACUCUUUCCAGUGUAUCUGUAGAGAAGGCUGGACUGGAGAUCUCUGCGAUCAAGGAAAAAUUGUUGAUCAUCUUUCAGACGUGGACGAAUGCACCAACUCCCCAUGUCGCAACAACGGCACCUGCGUGGACGGCGUGGCCGACUUCACCUGCAUCUGUAGGGGCGGUUGGAAGGGCAAGACAUGCGCUCUUAGAGCCGGCCAUUGCGAACCAGGUACCUGUCGUCACGGAGGAACCUGCCAAGAUCGCGGCGACGGAUUCACUUGUCACUGUCCUCCAGGUUGGGAGGGCGCAGCCUGCCACAUAGCGUCGCCAGCGUGUGCGAGCAAUCCCUGCGAGAACGGAGCGACCUGCGUGAACACCGCCGACGGCAACUACAGGUGCGUCUGCCGGGAGGGCUUCGAGGGACCCAACUGUCGCCGGGACGUCGACGACUGUCAACCCUUACCUUGCUUGAACGGUGGCAAGUGCGUCGACGGGAUCAACUGGUUCAGAUGCGAGUGCGCGCCAGGAUUCACCGGGCCGGACUGUCGUAUAAACGUGAACGAGUGCGCCAGUGACCCUUGCACCGGUGGCUCAACCUGCGUGGACGGCAUAGCGAGCUAUUCCUGCAUCUGUUCACCUGGAAGAACUGGCUCGCGCUGCGAGAUCCGCACGGCUGGUGGACCAGGAUGCAUGGUCGCCAACUGGGACGACGACUGCAACAUCUGCGAGUGUCGCAACGGGAAGAAUCAAUGCAGCAAUAUCUGGUGCGGGCCUGGUAAUUGUCUGAACGGCACUUCCUGCCUGGCGCACGAAGUUUGUGUACCCAGUCCAAGCGAGAGUUGCUUAUCUCCUCCUUGUCCAGCCUGGGGAGAAUGUCGACCCGUGGAAACUGGUAGAAGAGUAGGACCACCUGCUCUACCAGCUCCUCCUUCCUGUUGGCCUGGACAAGCUACUCCAGGACCAACUUGCUCCAGACUCACUAUCCUCCUUAGAAGAGACACUCUAGCACAAGGUACCUCGGUAGAGAUACUCUGUAGACGACUUAGGAAGCUUCUGGCUGAUCCAAGAAGACCUCAGUCCAUUGUUCUAUUAUGCGAUCUGAAACCCGGGGAUAACGACACGGUGGAGGUGACCAUCUUCUCUGAGGCUGCCGCAGACGCAGCCAGAGACCUGGGCGAAGCUUUGAGCAGACCUCUGGGCAGGCCACUCGCUCUGGCCUCCGUGUUGGAGGUCAAAGUGGAGACGGCCUUGCUCAGCGAACCCAGUUCCGUGAAUGCAGGGAAUGCUGGUAGCUAUGUAGCUGUGUUGGGCGGUGCUCUAGCUACCAUUCUGGUACUGGCUCUGUUCGGUGGACUGUGGUACCUUCGAACAGUCAGACAACGAUCCAGCUUAACCGCUACCACCAGCAGCGAGACUUCGUUACACAGACACCGUAGCGACCUGGACGAGAAGUCCAAUAAUCUUCAGAACGAGGAGAACCUGAGGAGGUACGCGAAUCCAUUGAAAGAUCAGGACCAAGGUGAACCAAGGGUCUCUGUUGUCAGACCUCUGUCCGGCACCUCGUUGGGUCCUUUAAGUACGACUGAAGAAAGUUUAGAGAUGGUCUCUGAAGAAGGUAGACAUCGUUUACCGCCACUCUACAAGCCCCCCAGCGCAGAGGCCAGGAACAACACAGCCAGUUUCAGCUACGAGGAAGGACCCCACAAACCUUACAGCAAACCCAGACUACAGGAACCAUCGUAUUCUCAUCAGCAACCCGGCACUAGCCAGACGUCUGGUCCACAUCAGGUACUAACCGUGCACGUGUAACCUGUCGCUUCCAGAGCAACGAUACCGGAACAACGAGCCGAAGAACAUCGAUUUGAAGAUAACGAAGACAUCGAAGAUAAGUGUCCAGAGGUCUUUUAUAUGUUGAAGGUAUUUACAGAGACUCGAGCAGAUUUUUCAAACGUAAGACCUCGACGAGACAUCGAUACUCUUUUCCUGUGGAGCUGACUCGAAAAUAGGGCUAUAGAGAAUACCAAUAAUAUUUCCUUAACAAACUUCUAUUAAACAACGAAUUUUCUUGUUCUUUGAUAAGAUUGAUUGAUUAAUUAAAGAUUCUCUAUCUCCCUUCUUUCGGCCCUCGCUAAUCCACGACAGACGACAAUAAUCGACGGAUAUAUAAUUAUAUAACACCGAGUUGUUUAAUCGUUGUACAUAUGUACAUAGCCCGUACUUAUUAAUUUCGCUAAGCCUGUAUCCACCUCUACACGCCGUCGUCCCUACGACUCUCUUAAGCUCUAAGGUUAUCGACGUUGUAUCCGCGUUAAUCCUAGUGCAGUAGACUCUCGUUAUAUUGCCACGAUGAGACUAUAAGUGUAGCAGUAUAGCGAGAGCGUUUUCCAUUCAUCAUUUAAUUAUCGAAACUCUUUGUCUUCGUAUGCUAUGAUAGUGGAAGAGCGGUAGUAAGGGAAGUAGACGUGCCUCGCGCGGCAAUAUAACGAGAGUCUACUGUAAUCCGUUGUGCUCCUUCGUAUUCGAUCGAGCGCCACCGUAGACGUGUAGCACUUAGGCAAAUCAGUAUCUUCGACGUUCUGUUGGACGAUAAUUAUUGUGAUACUCAUAGAAAGAGCGGACUUCGUGCGUAAGACUACUACUUAUGAAAUCGCGAACCGAUCGGUCAAUUGAACUUCGACCUCGCAGCCAUGAUAGAGUGCUGACCCGAUGUAGUUCGAUCGUGAAACUUGCGUCGAUGAGAUUUCUUUCUCGUGAAAAUACCACGAAAAGUUUGUCCCCUUUAGAGAGAGUGGACGGGCGCCAUGUUGCGAUCGACAAAAACGAUUGUCAAGCUUAACGACAUAAAUAGUUACGAUGUAAAUAGACCCACGUACAUAGAUCCAAUCACCUUCUCGCCUUUCCUAUUGAUAUAUUUUCUUUUUCUUCCUCGCCAGUAUUCCCUUUCAUUACCCCUCACCCUCAACCCCCUUUUUAGAUGUGCAAUUUUAUUUCUCUUUUCUUUUAGUAUCGUUCGAAGCAAGUCUUUAAGAAGACGGAAGUCUCGUAAGCUCGUAUUAAGUGUAACUGAACGAAGUUUUACUUUUUUUUUUAUAACAGAUAGUUUAUUUUAUAAAGAAAUCUAUAUUAUUAUACAAAAUAUAUAGAAGC